CAGCUUGGCGCCCCGUGUGGUUCAGACGCUCCGGUCCUUUCAUCCAGUUUCUUUUGUUUUUGGUUUGCGUGGAGACCCCCCGACACUAAGCAGCCAUGGAUGCCAUCAAGAAGAAGAUGCAGAUGCUUAAGCUCGACAAGGAGAACGCCUUGGACAGAGCUGAGCAGGCCGAGUCAGACAAGAAAGCAGCCGAAGACAGAAGCAAACAGCUUGAGGAUGACCUGGUAGCACUGCAGAAGAAACUGAAGGCAACUGAGGAUGAGUUGGACAAGUACUCUGAAGCCCUGAAGGAUGCCCAGGAGAAACUGGAGCUCGCUGAGAAGAAAGCCACAGACGCCGAGGGUGAUGUCGCUUCCCUGAACAGACGCAUCCAGCUGGUUGAGGAGGAGUUGGACCGUGCUCAGGAGCGUCUGGCCACAGCUCUGACCAAGCUGGAGGAGGCUGAGAAGGCUGCUGAUGAGAGUGAGAGAGGCAUGAAGGUCAUUGAGAACAGGGCGAUGAAGGACGAGGAGAAGAUGGAGCUGCAGGAGAUCCAGUUGAAGGAGGCCAAACACAUUGCAGAGGAGGCCGACCGCAAAUACGAGGAGGUGGCCCGUAAGCUGGUGAUCAUUGAGAGUGAUUUGGAACGUACAGAGGAGCGUGCUGAGCUGUCUGAGAGCAAAUGCUCUGAGCUUGAGGAGGAGCUGAAAACCGUUCAGAACAACCUGAAGUCUCUGGAGGCUCAGGCAGAGAAGUACUCACAGAAGGAGGACAAGUACGAGGAGGAGAUCAAGGUCCUGACAGACAAGCUGAAGGAGGCUGAGACCCGUGCUGAGUUCGCUGAGAGAUCAGUCGCCAAGCUUGAGAAGACGAUUGACGAUCUUGAGGAUAAAUUCACGCGUGCAAAAGAAGAGAGCCUGAGAGUAAAGCAGCUGUUGGAUCAAACUCUAAUGGAGAUGGUUAACAUUUGAUCCGCCCCUGCUCCCAUCCCGUCCAUUCCUCAAACACCUUGUUGUCUGGAAGACUUGAGCUCCGCCUCAGAUGGAAGGAGAACGAGCUUCUGUGAGCCACAGCUCCACUGCACUGUUCAUGUUCAACGGUUACUGUACAUCUUCAAUAGUUGGUUUGGGAAUUUGCACAUUUUGGGGUAAAAUUACUGCACAUGUUCCAUCAUGAAAGAAGCCAUAAUUUAAGCCAAGGUUCUGUAUAAGGGACUUUUAUCGUGUGUAUUUUUGUAAAGUCGUUUGUCAGUUUCUCUGCAUUGUAAGCAUUUAUCCAGUGUCGGUGUUCAAUCUCUUCCCGUUAAGCAAGGAAGGGAUUCUUAGCACAGUUGUGAAUGUACUUUGAGCUGAGAAAUGCUUCUGCGCUGUUCUCGUGUUUCCAACCUUCAUGUAAACGUUUUUUUGAAUUUUUUUUUUUCUCCUCACAUUUUAUCUUGGAACUGUAAA